GAUUCACACUCCUCCACCGAAGACCUGCCGCUCAACAGGGACGCCGAGAGCCUCAGUCGCAACCAGCAGCGCAAGCACGAAAGGCAGGCCGAGAAGGAAAAGCACAAGAAGGAGGCCGAAGAGCGCCUGGAAGCCGAUCGCAAACGCAAGGAGGACAUGGAGCGCAAGGCUGCCGAAGAAGAGACCGACGAGCAGAAGGCCAAGUACGGCACGCUCCCCAUCAAUUACUAUGCAGGCCAGCAGAAGCACAUAGACCGCAUGGACAUCCGAGAGCUCACGCCGGAGCACAUUGGCAAAAUGGUGUGCUUCCGAGCACGUAUACACAACAUGAGGAAGCUCAGUGCUCAUCUGAUGUUCGUCGAACUUCGGCAGCAGACAGCCACCAUCCAGGGCAUUCUACACGAGCAUGGCAGUGUGUCACAGCACUUCCUGUACUGGGCCGAGCAUCUGCACGUCGAGACUGUUGUCGUUGUUCAGGCAGUGGUACAGGAGCCGAAAUCCAAGCAGGGAGAGAUCAUCGGUGUUUCUAUCCAUAAUCUUGAGGUUCACAUCCAUGAGAUGCAUGUUGAGGCCACGCCAAGCGAGCCGCUGGCCUUCACUGUACACGAGGCUGAAGUCUCCAGGGCUGAUACCGAGAAGGAGGGUGACACUCGCCAUCGCGUGUCUGACAGGGCUCGUCAGCACAACCGAAUCAUUGACUUGAGGACCACCACUUCCCAGGGCAUUUUCCGCAUCCAGAGCGGUGUUUGCCAGGCUUUCCGUGCUCACUUGCAUUCCAUCGGCUUCAUUGAGAUCCACACUCCCAAACUGCAAGGAGCUGCCUCCGAAUCUGGCGCCAGUGUCUUUAAAGUGGACUACUUUGGUCGUCCAGCUUUCCUUGCUCAGUCUCCUCAGCUCGGCAAGCAAAUGGCCAUUGCAGCCGACUUCCGCAGAGUUUUCGAGAUUGGUCCAGUUUUCCGAGCUGAAAACAGCAACACCCACCGACACUUGACUGAGUUUACGGGCUUGGAUUUGGAAAUGGCCAUUGACGAGCAUUAUCACGAAGUGCUUCGUGUGCUUGAUAGCACGUUCAAGGCCAUUUUCAAGUACGUUUACGACAACUACAAGGAGGACAUCAAAGUGGUCAAGCACCAGUUUCCUCAUGACGAUCUGGUUUGGCUCGAUGAGACCCCAGUCAUUCCGUUCGCCGAGGCCAUUCGUCUUCUCAAUGCAUCUGGAUACCGCGACGAGAACGGCAAUGAAGUUCCCGAAAACGAGGACAUGGGAACGCGCGAUGAAAUUGCACUUGGUGCUGUUAUCAAGGAGAAGUACAAGACCGAUUACUACGUGAUCGACAAGUUCCCGACAUCCGCACGACCGUUCUAUGCCAUGCCUGACCCAUACAAUCCGGAGGUGACGAACUCGUUCGAUAUCUUCCUUCGUGGACAAGAGAUUCUCUCUGGUGGGCAGCGUAUUCACGAUGCACCAACGCUCGUAAAGAAGAUGGAGGCCCUGAAAAUGGACCCGAGAACGCUCGAGGAGUACAUGACCGGCUUCGAAUGGGGUGCUCCACCUCACGGAGGCGGAGGUAUCGGCAUGGAGCGUAUUCUCAUGCUUCUGCUUAAGCUGGGAGACAUCCGCAACGCUUCGCUCUUCCCGAGAGAUCCCAAGUCGCUGCCAUACAAGCCUCCUGUCAAGCAGCUCAGACAUCCAGAAGCGAGCACACUGCACCCGCCGUGGUCUGGCCAGGACCGUGCAGCCGCGCACAUGGACUUCCAACCCAUCGAGAAGCUCAUCGCCAACUAUGGAGAUGCAUCAAACACUUCCUGGCUAGAGCCGAAGUUCGAACAUUGGCGAGACCCACACACUGGUGCCGCUGUAGGAUUCGUUCCUCACGAGGGCUUCGCCAUCACCAUUGGAGAUCCGCUUUGUCACCAGAGUCAAUAUACCAAGACCAUUGGUGGCUACCUGCGCUAUAUCAAGAAAGAUCGCCGACUGAAGCCAUUGUGGCUGCUUUGCGGUUCGGCAGCAGAAGAAGUCCUUGCCAACAAGUUCGAUUGGCGAACGCUGUCCGUCGCCGCUGAGCAACGUCUCGACCCCAACAACAACCCAGCUGCGCACGAUCCAGAGAUACAGCGCAAGUGCCGUCACGCUGAGAAGGAGGGCGUCAAGGUUCAUGACAUUCCGCUCGGCACACCUGUGCCAGAUGAUGUCAAGGAGAAGAUUGAUGCACGUAUCCAGGACUGGUUGAAGAAUCGUAAGGGCAAGCAGGUGCAUCUGACAGAUGUGCAUCCUUGGCAAGAUGUGGAGCACAGGCAGUACCAUUACACGACUACCAAGGACGGACAAAUUUGCGGCCUUGUCAUCCUUGCCCAACUCUCGCCCGACCACGGCUGGCAAGUCAAGUUCGCUCUUGACUUCCCUGGCGCGCCUUCUGGUGCUAUUGAACUGCUCGUGCUUCACGCUCUCAAGGCUGCUGGUCAAACAGGCGCUACAUCGGUCACGUUCGGUGGUGGUGCCACUGCUAAGCUUACGCCUGGUCACAACCUCAAGGGCACCCGAGUGAAGGUGCUGGCGAAGGCAUACCACGCAAUUGCAACAGAGCUCAAGUUGACGAACAAGUCGGAAUUCCGAGAGAAGCUGGGCGCUCAAGACGACCCAAUUUUUGUUUGUUACCCACCACAUGGUCUUGGACCUGCAGGUGUUCGGGCCAUUCUCUCCUUCUUCGAGGAUGAGGACGAUACUUCUAAGCUCGGCUAGGAGACCAAGCAGAAGAUACCGAUACCCUUGGCCCACAGACUCAGCCUCAGCGUCGUGAGCAAGAAAUACAUCCCAGAUGAUUCGUCGUGAUUAGCAAAGGGCGAUGUAUCCGCAAGAUGGAUUCAGGCGUGACUCAAUAAUGAUCGCUGUCAGCGCCAUUGGAUGAAUCUGUUGGCAAGUGAAUGCAUAGCAUAUGCAUGAGUCCAGUAAUGACUGCGCCGAUACCCAAUACAUGAUGAAGUCCGCAAUAAUUAGACAAAACGCGUGAUGCAUUUUCCUGUUGAUAAUUUC